AGUGUAAUGUAAGUUUAGAGAUAGGUGUGGUUCAUGUCCUGUCUGUGUCCAAGUGCAGUAAUCAGGAAGGAACAUAAAAUGAAUGUAGGCUAUUUCUAUAUUACAAUUUGAAGCACGCAGAUUGUGUGUAAGCUUGUGCAAACUUUGCCACCUCACUGUACGGGUUCAUUUUUUGUCCUCCUGAGUAUAAUAGCGUGUUUUUGUCUCCUGUCAGUGACUUAUCGCGCAGUCACGCGUCACACCCACAGAGUGCUGCGGUGACAGUAACAGUGUGUGUCUGUAUAAAUGGGCAGAGGUGGACUAUUGGCUUUAUCCACACACACAGCUCUGGGAUUUUUCUCUAAUAUCAGAGGUAUUUUCAGGACCACAGCCUCGCUUUGCGUUUUACUUUCGCUUUUCCACGCGUCCAGUGAAGGACAGAGGAGCGAGUUUCAGUCGUUUUGGGGCAUUUAUCAGGAUAAGCAUACAUCAUCAAUCAUGGCCGCCAUCAGCACCUCAAACACAGAUUUCGCCUUGGACCUGCUCCGAACUCUGAGCCAAGCAGACCCCUCAGGGAACAUCUUCGUCUCCCCGCUCAGCAUCAGUUCGGCCCUGGCUAUGGUCUACCUGGGAGCUAAAGGAGACACUGCUGCUCAGAUGGCAAAGGCUCUCUGUUUUGGCUCCGGUGAAGGCGUGCACGCAGACUUCCAGACUCUGAACACUGACAUCAACUCACCAUCUGCAUCAUACAUCCUGAGGCUGGCCAACCGACUCUACGGAGAAAGUACAGCCAACUUUCUUCCAAAAUUCCUUGAAGCCACACAGAAGUUUUACCAGGCUGACCUGAAGGCUGUGGAUUUCAUCGGCGCUCCAGAGGCCUGCAGAGGAGAGAUCAACAGCUGGGUUGAACAGCAGACAGAAAAUAAGAUUAAAGAUCUCCUGAAGCCAGGAACAGUCAGUUCUAUGACAAGGUUGGCCCUGGUUAAUGCAAUCUACUUCAAGGGAAACUGGAAAAGCCGCUUCGAUGCAGCAGACACCAAAGAAAUGCCUUUCAAAGUCAACAAGAAUGAGAGCAAGCCGGUCCAGAUGAUGUACCAGAUGAAGAAGCUGCCUUACAACUAUAUUCCUGGUCCAGACGGGGGUCUGCAGAUCCUGGAGCUGCCGUACGUGGACGAGGAGCUCAGCAUGUUCAUCCUACUGCCUGAGGAGUCUGCAGAUGGCUCUGAUCCUCUUCUGAAGCUGGAGAAAGAUCUAAAACGUGAACACCUGGAUGAGUGGACCAACAGAGAAAACAUGGACGUCCACUCAGAAGUCCAUGUUAACCUGCCCAAGUUCAAGCUGGAGGAAGACUACGAGCUGAACGAACCUCUUGCCAAACUGGGCAUGUCAGACGUGUUCUGUGCUGCAAAGGCAGACCUGUCCGGCAUGAACGGCGAAGGAGGACUCUUCCUGUCCACGGUGGCCCACAAGGCCUUUGUGGAGGUUAACGAGGAGGGGACGGAGGCGGCUGCAGCCACAGCAGGCAUAAUAGCUUUCUGUAUGCUCAGGGAGGAACACUUCACAGCUGACCACCCCUUCCUCUUCUUCAUCAGGCACAACAAGACCAAGUCCAUCCUCUUCCUCGGCAGGUUCACGUCUCCUCAGUAGACUGAACCAGCUGAGGAAGAUGUUGGCUUAAGUCAAAUAAAAAGAUAUUCAAAAUCUUUGAAGUGAAGGCUUUAUUUUUGAUGUUCUCUAGUUAGGAACUAGAUUAUGUUUUGUUUUGCUCUGAAAUUAUAGAUGUAGCUCUCCAAAUAAUCAAUAAACAAGCUUAAAUAUGUAUGGAUUCAUUUAUGUAUUUAAACCCCUGAAUGAACUCAAGUGAAGUAAAAAAUAAAACAACAGA